AUGACAGGCAAGAACAAAAACACGCCUGACGAGGAGGAGCCCGUCGAGGGCAACUCUCCCCCUGUAGAGGCUCCGACCCCGGAACCCCCAGCGCCCACCCCGGUCCAUCCCAAGACCCGAGCGGGCAAGGAACGAGCUGCCACGUCGCGUCCGAGAUCUCCUCAGAGACCGGGAAGCCCUCAGGUCGAUCUCUCCGCCCUGGUUACCAUGGUCCAGAACUUGGUACAGGAGGUUCAGAACCUGAAGGAGCAAGUGGCCGAGCAGGCACGCUUGCCUGAAUCGCCCCAAGUUUUCCCGUCCAGGGAAAGUGAAGCUGAAGGGGACGAACCUGGGGACAUCUCUACGGACGUACUAGGCCGAACCCGGGAUCGACGCCUGGCUCAGGCCGGUUUAUCCGCCCCCGGGGCCCAAGGACUUCAAGAAAGUCAAGACCCUACUAGUCGCGGCCAGGAUCGCCCUAAUUUCGGACAUUCCCACCCAGGAGUACGUUUCGAUCACCGAAGUACCUCGCGGGCUGAGAGCUCACCUCAGGGUCCGACCAACAACGAGCUACCCCCUCAGGAUGCCCGAAUCGCGACCAGUGCUCCCCCGGAGAAUCGAUGGGCUGGGAGAGACCCUCCCCCGCACUGGGAUCGAUCUUCUCGACAGCUCUCCGUACCAGGAUCGGCCGGACAAUGGUCGGACAGAGGAGGCCCGCGAGGGAAGUCCCUCAUUAAACCUCCAGAGACUUUCAGUGGGGAUCGACCAUCGGAAAGAAAGGAGUUCAUCAGAACCUUGGAAUACAUGUUCAUGUCGGACCCUGGGCAGUACGAUCUCGCGUUACCGGGAGCGGACAACCUCCGCAUCAUCACGACGAUUUCGUACCUCACAGGACAGGCUCGAGUCUGGGCCACCAACCUGUGGGAUCAAGUUCCUCGACCGGCGUCAAUGCUCUACUGGCACGAUUUUACGCAGGUCUUCGCCGCGAUUUUCUUCGAUCCGGAGGAAAAGGAGAGAGCCAAGAAAAAAAUACAGAUGUUGAAACAGACGGGUAAGCUCCACCGAAUCUACUCGUACACUAUUGAAUUCAACUCUCUCCACCCCCUCACAGGUUACGACGGCUUGGUCCUGAGAGACUUUUAUUACAAAGGUCUCUCCAGUGAAAUGAAGGACGCGGUUGCCUUGAACGGACUCCAGAUCGACACUCUGCAGCAACUGCAGAACGCCUGCACCCGACAGGACCAGCGACUGGCGGAAAGGGAGCAAGAGCGUAAGGAGGAAAAACGCGAGGAAGAGCGUUCCUUCUCCGGUCGCGGGAAGUUCGAUAAGUCGGACCGGACGCGCACUCGUGGAUCUUCGCGCCAUACUCCGACCACGGAGAAGCCUGUUGGAAAUUGGAACUCCGACAAGCGCAGUGAGGAUCGGAACAAGACGCCCGGAGCCGAUAGUCGGAAAGACAACGGGACAGGCAGGCCGAAGAUCGCCUGUUACGAGUGCGGAGGGGACCACCUCGCUCGGAAUUGCCCGAACAGGUCAAACCGGGCACAAGGCGGACGUCGCAGUGGAGUCAACGUCAUGGUGGAUCGCGAGGAGCAGGACGACUCGGAGGAUUCGGAGUACUCUGACUCCGAGACGGGGAGUGAGACAUCCUCCGAUGACAGAGACGACGUUUCCGACCAGGGAAACGAGAGCGGGGAGAACUAG